GUGGGGUGGAUCUUACCCCUCUUCCGAAGAAUGACAUUCUUAUCAGUAUCAUACCCUCUUCACUGCUGAGACUUACCUCGGAGACGGGCAUCUGUCUCUUUCAACCUCACACGCUCAUUCAAUAGAGGUUUUUGCGCUCAGGCUCGAAGCCAUGGCCGAAGUCUCUAUGGGUGAUACCUCCGGGUGCCCGCCGACUUUCUCACUCUUCCCGCCGUUCAUCCCAACCGUCAUCAAGCAAUGUCUGACAGCUUCGCGGUACGCGAUCGUCAAAACCGCGACUACGAAUUCGCCUUCAGCUUCUCGAGCAAGCACUAUCUCUUUUAGCACAAACUCAGGAACAGGCGAUAACACUCCACGACCUUCAUCAUCGGGAAGCGCAAGCACAGCGCGGAAUAUCGAGGAUUUAUUUAGCGAUGAGGACCUUGGAAAUAUCAACAGAGACGUCCUGGCGUUAGGCGCCCCAGGAAGUUGCGAGGUCGGCUCAGGAGUGCAGUGGAAUAGAGUAGAUGUUGGACUGUACCUCCUCCGCCAAGCAGGCUAUGAAGCCCAAAACCCCAUCCGCGAAAGCCACCACGUCCGCUCCCUUUACAUAGACUCCAUGGCCUACUUCCUUUCUGCCCUUCCCGAAGACCUCAGCAGCGAAGAAACCCUGACGGUCCGACGGAUGCUCCCAGAGAAACUAAAGCCGGCAUUCACACCAAGCGCCGGCCUCGAACUCUCCGAGAGCACACCGCAUUCGCAUGUUCUUCCAGCUAAUACUUAUCCGGCGCAACGCUCUUACCUCCAUCGUCUCCUGGCUGCAAGUAUAAUAUACUUUUGCAUGCUCCUGCAAUACAUCAUGCCAUACAUCAAAGAUGUACUGAUCCAUUUGUACCGGUAUGACCGGGCCCACCGGGUAACGGAGCGUGUUACGGCGGCGACAUUGUACGUUGUUGAGAAGGUCGGAAGGGGAAGUGUGAAUCUUGGUGCGUCAUUCUUGAAUAUGUAUGAUGGGAAACCGGGUAGUGCGGUUUCAGGCGCGGCAGAAUGGUGGAUUGAGGGGGUUGCGGGGGGAAUUUAUGAAGGGGUUGGGGAGGGAAUGGCAAUUCUAGGAAUUGGUCUUGGUCCUGUGGGAGGUGGUAAAGGGGUUAGGAAUGGUGUUGGGAUUUAG